UUGUCUAUUACACAGUCACUCUAAAUCCUCUUGAUGAGGCAGAAACGGCUGUUUGAGAAAAGGACUAUUUGAAUAUGCGGCCGGAUUUAAUGUCGGCGAUUCAGUCUGUGCUGAUCGCGUGCGCGGCGAAUCAUUCCUGUGUAACCGGCGUGUGUGGCGCUCUCAGUGCGUUCCUCGCCGCUCUCCCCGGGCAUCACACUUAACACACACACACACACACACACACACACUCCUCUCGCUGCCCUGCGCGCCUUUUUGGCUCCAGCCAGGAGCCGGCCCUCAACUGUUGCUUGGAAAUUUCCGUAGAGCAAUCCUUGUCCACUGUUUGGGGCUGGAUUGGAGUGGGGUGAUGGUGUGUGUGUGUGCGUGUGCGUUAGGGUGGAUAGAGAAAGAGAGCGGGGGAGGCCGAGGUAGAGACAGAGAGUGUUUGGGAGCUGUUUCACUGCCUUUGUGGGAUAAUCACCCAUGAGUUUUGAAGGACGUUUCUGGGAUUUUUGGACCCUGGAUCAUUAUGUCUUACGAUCUGGGACCUGCGCUGAGUCUCCUGCACUGCGAUGGAGUCAACAACCAGAGUUACAUCUGUGAGUCCGGACACUGCUGCGGGAACUCUCAGUGCUGCAGCUACUACUAUGAGCUCUGGUGGUUCUGGUUGGUUUGGGCGAUCAUCUUCCUUUUGAGCUGCUGCUGUGUGUGUCACCAUCGCCGCACCAAACACCGGCUGCAGCAGCAGCAACGGCAGCACGAGAUCAACCUCAUUGCGUACCGCGAAGCACACAACUACUCGUCUGUGCCCUUCUACUUCAGGUUUUUGCCUAACUACCUCCUGCCGGACUACGAAGAGGUGGUCAACCGGCCGCAAACUCCUCCCCCGCCCUACAGUGCCUUACACACUGGCCCGUCCUCAGUGGCUUCUAGCCCGCUGGCUCACGAGCAGCCGGAGGGACGCUGUCCAACCAUCCAGUCCACUCCGGUGCCGCCGGUCUCUGACACUCUGUGUUGCAGACCCGGCGUAGAGGAGCCGCAGCCGCUCCCCUUAGACUUGAGGCCAAAGCCGGACAACAAGCCCCUGCAGACUGCACGCGAGUCAAGCAUGAUACUCCUGCCCGAUGGGCUCGACAACCGGGAAGGACCCGCCAGCCGGGAGAAGGGGAGCAAAAGUGGGGACGAAUCCUGCAAAGACCCACUGCUGAAGGAGCCAUCAGAGGGCUGCGCCGACGACAAAGACCGACUCCCCAACGGAAGGAGGAGGCGGUUCACGGGAGACUCUGGGAUCGAGGUGUGUGUGUGCGGCACGCGUGGGAGCAGCGGUUUUAGCGGGGCUGCAGGGACGGGCCAGGAGGGCAAGGAGUUGAGGGAGCUCGAGAGCCUGCUAGGGCGCGAGGGACCCGAGGAGGAGGAGGAGGAGGAGGAGGAAGAGGAGACGGGCGACUUCUGCGACAGCUGCGGCCAUCGAGCCGCCCACGGCGCGCAGGAGGAGCAGGCACCGGGCGGGCCGGAUAGACUGGUCGCACGCGCGUCGCCGGGAACUCCUCGGCCGGCUCAGCAGAUAGGGAGCGCCUCGCUCCACCCUCCGGUGUGCCUCCUCCUGCACACCAUCAACGAGCAGGAGGGGCCGCACCACAGUACCAGCACUGAGCCUCAGGGCUGAAACGCAGAGGGAAGGAGAGGACACGAGGGACAGCCUUCGUAUGUGAGCACACAAUAGAAUGUGCGCGUCUUAGAUGAAGCAGGUGUGGGGAGCAGGAAGGGGAAAUCUACAAAGUAGGACUGAGAUCCAGAGUUUGAGAUCGCCUGCUCCUCUUUCACACACUGGAACAGUGGCCUUAACCUGUGUAUUUGGGGUUAUGUUUGGGCAGUUCGAGCCCUUUAACUGCCUGUGGCCAUUGAGAGUUCACGCGCACACACACACACACACACACACACACACACACA